CUGGUCAUUUUCGGAAUUAACGCGGCCCUUUCGUACACCCGGCAGUUAAUAGAGUCAUCGAGUCCGCAAGGAUGUAAGAUCGGAAAAUCGUGACGAGGAAGAAAGUCCAUUUUGUCAACGAGUAAUACGUUCUUUCUCUCGAAUUUGGCCAAAUUUCGAUUCUUUAGAAGAUCAAACGCGUGGCCCAGCGGGUGAAUAAUUUGUAGAGGCUGAAGUAUAGAGGAUAAUUUGACACCUUAUUCCAUCUACGAACGAAUGUUCCCGCGUAGCGAUCAAAGACGAAAGAGACCGCCAUCUUGGAUCGUCGAGCGAUGACGCCGGUAUUGGAUGUUAAUACGAUGGCGUCGUGUUAAAUUGCCACUGUUUUGCCCUCCGCACGUUCGGUUUGAAGAUCAAAUUAUGAUGUUUCGCGGAGAUAAUCGGUGCUGCCGACUAAAAUCUGGAAUCGGGUGUGUUCGUAAAAGCAUUUAUUUUCUUUGUUUUUCUUCCAUUUUUGGUACGAUCCUCUACUACUACCUGGUCGAACGUAGUGUAGAUUACGGGAACUUGGAUAAUUCCGUGUAUAUAUCUCUAAUUUGGAAGUGGGAUUCCUCCCAAAGUCCCGUAAACAAAUUGGCGGAACCUUUACACACGCGAGAACACGCCAAUUACUUAGUUGUGUACGAUUACAUAGCGGCAGAUAAAUUUUACCUGGGAAAUUCUAGCGUAACCUUGACGACGCAAGGCACCUACGAAUUUCUGCACCACGUCGAGCAGUUGUGCCUCCGUUGGAAGGCGCCCGCUUCGAUAGCCGUUUACGCACCCGGUCGGGAUUUCUAUCCGGCGGUACGGAGAAUUCUAUAUCUACGUCGGUGUCGACACCCCUGCUUGAAGGCCAACGUCACUUGGCACCUUAUCGUCGAUAAGGCGCACGCGCCUACCCGAGAGGAUACGCUAAAAGCGCGAGAGAUGCCGGUGAAUUGCCAAAACGACACCUUUAACUUUAUCAAUUUUCGAGAAACGCACAAAUUGUCUUACCCCAUCAACUUGGCUCGUAACGUAGCCCGAAAGAUGGCUCGGACCCACUACGUUUUGGCCUCGGACAUCGAAUUGUACCCGUCUCUGGACUUGGUUCCGCGGUUUCUGGACAUGGUCCUCGAACAAAAUGUCUCUUCGCCACGUGUCUACGUUUUACCAGUCUUCGAGGUGGAGGAGAACAGUAAAGUUCCCGAAACGAAGAAGGAAUUAUUAGAGAUGAUGUCCAGCAAGAAGGCUGUUUUCUUUCACAAACUCGUGUGCGAUACGUGUCAUAAAUUUCCGGAUAGAGAUCGCUGGCUGAAGACUACUCCUCCCGAAGAUUCUAUGACUAUCUUUUCUACCGUUAAGCACGCGCCACCGUGGGAACCGUUUUACAUAGGAACCAACAACGAGCCGCCUUUUCACGAGAAUUUCACGUGGGAAGGGAAGAUGAACAAGUUUCCUCAGGUUCUGGAGAUGUGUUUCAUGGACUACGACUUCUGCAUCUUAGAUAAUGCCUUUUUGGUCCACUCUCCGGGGAUAAAGCGCAUAGACCGUGCGUCGGAACGUCGCAGAGCUCCNUAUUAUUUUUAA